AUGCCACACCGAUAUAUUCGAGUAACACUUAUUUCUGCAUGGAUCACAUGGGAUUGCGGCUUUGCUAUAUAUCGUCGUCUGCAGGCCGAUGAAUGCGAUCGUGUAUCCUAUACGGCUCACAUUGCUGGUGCUCUUACUGGAGUAGUGCUGGGAAUUGCCAUCUUGCACAAUGUUAAGGAACAUCCCUGGGAAAGGAUACUGGCCUAUGUGUCACUUGCUUUAUACUCCGCCAUAGUUGUGUUCUUCAUCUCAAUGGUGAUAUUCACGAAACCCUUUUCACGGCCAAUAUGGAAUACGACGCAGUGCAGAGAAAAAGCAUUUCUUCUGGAUAUUGGUAUGUUCAAUAGGAAAAUCGACGAAUACCAAUGA